GACUUCAAUUGCAUCAAUACUCGAGGGUUAUCGUUAUUCUACAUAAACAAACUUCACAUUCUUUUUCAAGCUCAAAGAUAGCUUGAUUGAAUAUAGUUCGCAAUGUCAUCUUGCACAGUUUCACGAUUGGCAAUGCGCUGUAGUCUACGGACUCUGUCACAGCCAACCAAUCUCUAUCACCACAUCUCAAAUCAACGGUUUUAUGCUGUUCAAGCUGCUGGAGCGCCUCGUUUCCAGGUUUUCAAUCGCCACACAAAAUGGCUACAAAAGGAGCGAGCUGGUGCCAACUCUGAACAAAGUCGGGAAGCUGAUUACCUCAAGGAUGAGGUUGCAAUUCGAGUAUCAGAAAGACUUCUAGACAUCAAACGCAGAUUUCCUCGAGUGUUAGAUCUCGGCGCAAAUUCAUGCAAUAUCGCACGAGCUUUGGUCCAGGAGAAUCCUGAUCCUGACCCUAACACACCUGAGUCGCCACCACUGGCGACUCGUAUUGAUGAAUUGGUUGCUGCUGAUUCAUCUCAUUCACUGCUUCACCGUGAUGCUGAUCAUGAGUUCAACAAUAAGCUUAAUAUCACGCGGACGGUUGUGGAUGACGAAGAAACGAUUCCUUUCGAGCCUGCUUCUUUUGACCUGGUGAUGAGCUCAUUGAGUCUCCAUUGGAUCAACGAUCUACCCGGUAUCCUCACUCAGAUCAACAACGUCCUCAAACCUGACUCUCCUUUCAUCGGCGCUAUGCUUGGUGGAGACACACUAUUCGAGUUGAGAACGUCACUACAGCUGGCAGAGACAGAAAGACGAGGUGGCAUGUCUCCUCGUGUCUCUCCUUUGGCUGAUGUCAAGGACAUAGGUGGUCUGCUCCAGAAAGCUGGCUUCAAGAUGUUGACUGUUGAUAUCGAUGAUAUCAUCGUUGAUUACCCUGACACAUUUGCUUUGAUGCAAGAUCUUCAGGCCAUGGGCGAGGGUAAUGCUGUCCUCGGAAGGGAGAUGGGUGCAAUUUCCCGCGAUGUUCUCCUCGCUGGCGAUGCCAUCUAUAAGGAACUUCACGGUAACCCAGAUGGAUCUAUUCCCGCGACUUUCCGAAUCAUUUAUAUGAUCGGAUGGCGGGAAGGUGAAAACCAGCCACAACCUCUGGCCAGAGGAAGUGGUGACAUAAACUUGAAAGAUGUCUUGGAGCAAAAGUAGAGGGCAGA